UUAAGAUUGUUUGUAUUCAAUAAAACAGUUUAUAUUUGUAAAAAGUGUUUUAAAUAUAUAUUUAUGGUAUUGGAUACAUUAAUACAAUGUUUUUUAUUUGAUAAGUUAUGCAAUGAAGACUUUUUUUUUUAAUGAGAAAUAUGAUAAUAAAAUAUUUGUCACAACAGUCAACAAAGUAACAACAACUUAAAACACCAUAUCCCUAUUCACACCUAAAAGUAACAAUAAACAGAUAAUCUGUCAGGCUUUCAGAGCUGAUGAGGGUCCUGAUUAAUUAGGUGUAGAUAAGAUUAUUACUGAUAGGAGUUACCUAGAGAUAAGGCUGUAGUAUAGAAUGAGUUAACAUACUGUAUGAUUGAAGUGGACUUGAAUUGUUUCAAUACACAACAUUACUAAACGCAACUUUUAUCACUAAUCCUUCUAUGAGAGAAAAUCCAACAACUAAAUGGAUAAUAACAAUGAAAAUAAUUAUUUUUGUUUAAGAAAAACUCAAGUUUACAGGCAGUUAAAUAAAAUUAAUUAUUAAAAUAUCAAGUGAACAAAAAUAUAAUUUUGUAAUACAGGUAUUACCAAGAGCCAUUACAACCCGGCCAUGAGAUGCAAGAAACAGGUCAUCUUCACGUGCUGCGCAUGUAAGGAGGAUGAGAUGGAAGACAGCGGGGCUGCUCAACAGCCUGAACAGAUGGAAGGUGUUGCCCACUCAACCAUGAUAGAUACCAGUGAAGAACUCCCGCCACUACCAAGUAUUACAUUCAACUUGGAGUUCAGCCUUGGUACUUCAACCUCCACUUAUACCACUGCAGCGGACAGAACAGGGGCUGAGCCGGACGACAACUAUGACAACACCGAGAACACCAACACCGAGAAUGAGCCUGAAAACGUCCCCGCUUACUUCGACCUCAGUCGAGAUGGUCCCCUUGUUCAGGUCAUUGUAGAAGACCCACUACCCGAUGCACCUCUGACAGAUACCAUCAUAGAAGACGGAGAGAUUAGGUAUGAGAUACGCAGAGAAGCUGUCCGAGAUGUACACCAGCCCGCCGGUACAAUAGUGGAAGGUUUGAUGCAGGACGUUUUCCAACAGGGUGAUUUCAAUCUACCUCAACCCUCAACUCUGGCGAGUAACGUCAACAGAGCCAGAGCACAACAUAGACCAAAGGAACCAGACUCCUUGGAUUUUGAGGUUAACACAGAAUUCCUGAAAGAAGAAUUUCUUGUUGGUGAUGUCCGUGUAGUUGAACAACGCCAUUUGCUAUUCGCCACCUCCAACCAGUUAGGACAUAUGCAGAAGGCCAAACGAUGGUUUCUGGAUGGAACAUUCGACGUUGUGAACAAACCCUCUUACUCUUGUUAUAUGUGCUGUGUUUGUCUUAUGUAAAUAUUCUUGGUAGAUGUAUAAAAGAUAUCUUAUUGAAAAUCAUGUUUGUGAAAUUUAUAUAGACAUUUGCAAUAAAAGCCAUAAUUUAUAUUUA